GCGGUGAACUUGCUGGAAAGGCAACGUCGUCUUAGCAGCAGCCGGUGCGUCCGCUGAUGGUCACCUUUAAAACCGAGGGAGGCGGGGUCAUCCGUUGAAGACACGAAGCGCUCACCCCUCCGCGCGCCCCGCCGCUGCUUGACAGAUGAGCCGAGCACACCCCACUCUCACCCACUCGGAGCUCCGGCGAACGGAGAAGAUGGCAGAGCGACAACAGCAGAAGCACGAAGGCAGGGUUAAGAUCGGCCAUUACAUCCUCGGCGACACGCUCGGAGUGGGGACCUUCGGCAAAGUAAAGAUCGGGGAGCACCAGUUGACGGGCCAUAAAGUGGCGGUGAAGAUCCUGAACAGGCAGAAGAUACGCAGCCUGGAUGUGGUGGGCAAAAUCAAACGGGAGAUCCAGAAUCUGAAACUAUUUAGGCACCCCCACAUCAUCAAGCUAUACCAAGUGAUAAGCACACCAACAGAUUUCUUCAUGGUCAUGGAAUAUGUGUCUGGUGGAGAGCUCUUUGACUACAUCUGUAAACAUGGACGGGUGGAGGACACGGAGGCUCGCCGCCUUUUCCAGCAGAUUAUCUCGGCCGUGGACUACUGCCACAGACACAUGGUGGUCCACAGAGACCUCAAGCCCGAGAACGUCCUGCUGGAUGCCAGCAAGAACGCCAAGAUCGCUGACUUUGGUCUGUCGAACAUGAUGUCUGACGGUGAGUUCCUGAGGACGAGCUGUGGUUCGCCCAACUACGCCGCCCCAGAAGUCAUUUCGGGAAGGCUGUACGCAGGCCCGGAGGUGGACAUCUGGAGCUGCGGCGUGAUUCUUUACGCGCUGCUGUGCGGCACGCUGCCCUUCGACGACGAGCACGUGCCCACGCUAUUCAAAAAGAUCCGAGGGGGCGUGUUCUACAUCCCCGAGUACCUGACGCGCUCGGUGGCCUCGCUGCUGAUGCACAUGCUGCAGGUGGACCCUCUGAAGAGAGCCACCAUCAAGGACAUCAGGGAGCACGAGUGGUUCAAACAAGAUCUGCCGGGCUACCUGUUCCCGGAGGACCCGUCGUACGACACCACAGUCUUGGACGAGGAGGCCGUCAAAGAAGUGUGCGAUAAGUUCGAGUGCAACGAGUCCGAGGUGGUCUCCAGCCUCUUCAGCGGUGAUCCUCAGGACCAGCUUGCGGUGGCCUAUCACCUCAUCAUAGACAACCGGCGCAUCAUGACGCAGGCCAGCGAGUUCUACCUGGCCUCCAGUCCGCCGCAAGGCUCCUUCAUCGAGGAGGGCAUGCCGCUGCCGCCGGGGAUCAAGCCGCACCCAGAGCGGAUGCCGCCGCUGCUGGCUGACAGCCCCAAGGCGCGCUGCCCCCUGGACGCCCUCAACACUACCCGACCCAAGCCGCUCGCCGUCAAGAAGGCCAAGUGGCACUUGGGCAUCCGGAGCCAGAGCCGGCCCUACGACAUCAUGGCCGAGGUCUACAGGGCCAUGAAGCACCUGGGUUUUGACUGGAAGGUGGUGAACCCGUACCAUCUGCGAGUGCGCAGGAAAAACCCAGUGACGGGCAACUUAGUGAAAAUGAGCCUGCAGCUCUACCAGGUGGACAACAGGUCCUACCUCCUCGACUUCAAGAGCAUCGACGAUGACAUCAUCGAACCAGCAGGCUUCAAGUCGGGCUCGUCCACCCCUCAGCGGUCCGGCUCGACGGCGGGGCUACACCGGCAGCGCCUCAGCAUCGACUCGGCGAGCCAGGCCGGUGAAAUGCUUCAGCUCAGCUCGUCCCUGCCGGGUUCGCUGUACGGGAGUUCGCCAACGCUCGCCCCGCGCCAGGGCUCACACACCAUGGACUUCUUCGAGAUGUGCGCCAGUCUGAUCACCACGCUGGCUCGCUGAGAGGAGCUGACGUCAAGAAGGCGUGACAAAGAAGAAGGAGGAGGAAGACAAUCGGAGUCUUGGCGUCAAAAGCAACCUGAUAUGGGGACAGGACAAAGGGGGAACCAGAAAGUCUUCAAUCGGCAAGAUGCCAAAGGUUAAAAAAACACCCACAAUCCCCUUUUCAACUGCUAGAACAUCGCCGCCUACUGUAACGCUUCAUCCUGACACUGAUCAGAUGUCAGUUUGGAGUCUUGAGGGAGCACAUAGAUGAUUCAUUUCUCCAUCUAUAUGGAAAAGACUGUUAUCUAUGUCUACUAUAUUUAUAUCACAGUCACACGAUGUUGCUGAACAAACAAAAUCACAUUAUAAAUUAUUAUUAUUAUUAUCAUUAUUAUUACUAUUCAGGCGGCGACUGGGUAGCACUUCUGCCUGUCAGUUCUGAGGACCGGGGUUCAAAUCCCAGCCCCACCUGUGUGGAGUUUGCAUGUUCUUCCCGUGCCUGCGUGGGUUUUCUCCAGGCACUCUGGUUUUCUCCCACAAUCCCCUUUUCAACUGCUAGAACAUCGCCGCCUACUGUAACGCUUCAUCCUGACACUGAUCAGAUGUCAGUUUGGAGUCUUGAGGGAGCACAUAGAUGAUUCAUUUCUCCAUCUAUAUGGAAAAGACUGUUAUCUAUGUCUACUAUAUUUAUAUCACAGUCACACGAUGUUGCUGAACAAACAAAAUCACAUUAUAAAUUAUUAUUAUUAUUAUCAUUAUUAUUACUAUUCAGGCGGCGACUGGGUAGCACUUCUGCCUGUCAGUUCUGAGGACCGGGGUUCAAAUCCCAGCCCCACCUGUGUGGAGUUUGCAUGUUCUUCCCGUGCCUGCGUGGGUUUUCUCCAGGCACUCUGGUUUUCUCCCACAAUCCCCUUUUCAACUGCUAGAACAUCGCCGCCUACUGUAACGCUUCAUCCUGACACUGAUCAGAGGUCAGUUUGGAGUCUUGAGGGAGCACAUAGAUGAUUCAUUUCUCCAUCUAUAUGGAAAAGACUGUUAUCUAUGUCUACUAUAUUUAUAUCACAGUCACACGAUGUUGCUGAACAAACAAAAUCACAUUAUAAAUUAUUAUUAUUAUUAUCAUUAUUAUUACUAUUCAGGCGGCGACUGGGUAGCACUUCUGCCUGUCAGUUCUGAGGACCGGGGUUCAAAUCCCACCCUCACCUGUGUGGAGUUUGCAUGUUCUUCCCGUGCCUGCGUGGGGUUUCUCCAGGCACUCCGGUUUUCUCCCACAUCCCAAAAGCAUGCGUGGUGGGUCGAUUGAAGACUCUAAAUUGCCCGUAUGUGUGAAUGUGUGCGCGAAUGGUUGUUUGUUUGUAUGUGCCCUGUGAUUGGCUGGCGACCACUUCGGGGUGCGUCCCGCCUCUCGCCUGAAAAUAGCUAGCUGGGAUAGGCUCCAGCACUUGUGAGGAUAAAGCGGUACAGACAAUGGAUGGAUGGAUAUUAUUAUUCAGAUUGCUAUUUAUUUUUCUGGAGAGAGAUUAUUUUUAGGCAUUGAUUGCAUUAUUUAAAGGCAUUUUAUUCUGACUUGAACAGAGAGCAGACCACAUAGCACAGCAGGACAGUCGAAUGUUCUGCUCGGUACUGACCAGUGCUGCAUUUAUGACACGGCACAGACGCGCACUAUCUCAUUGACAUCUUGCCUUGCAUUAGUAGCCUAUCCUGAACAGCGGAACCUCCGAAGCCCUCCUCAAGCCUUUAUUAACAGGACAGGCAAUGUUUUAAGUAACAUUUGAACAGUCGUGAAUGACAAGUGAGGUAUUUGAACAGUAACUCACACGAGUGUAAAAUCAAAUCAAAUGUAGAGUGAACCCCUGCUAUUCGCGGGGUUUAGGGAAUCAAAUCAAAUCAACAAAUAAGAUAGAUGCUAAUGUUGAGAAACAACAACGCACGCUUAACUUGAAUGAAAUGUAAAGAGCAUAUCAUUCUUUGACAGUGCCACACGUGUAAGAUCAAAUCCAAUAUUGUAAAAUGCUACAACACGACUAGCUACAAGCUAUCAUUUCGAAAGAAUAAAGCACUCUUUUAAUGUGAAUGAAGAAUGAGGCGCAUUUCAUUCUUCGACUGGCACACAAGUUUAAGAUCAAAUCCAAUAGUGUAAAAUGGUAAAAGGCGACGAGGCUAGACACCGGCGUUUGGAAAGAAUUGAACACUCUUUAAACUUGAAUUACAAAUAUGAACCAUGUCGUUCUUAAACAGUACCUGUCACACAAGUGUAUAAUAAAAUCAAAUUGUGUGCAACACUAAGCCAUAACUAGCUAGAAGCUAACAUAGCACCCUACAUUGUCACUCAGCGCAUCGCUUUACUUCAUGGUCGAUAUUCUUCUCUUCUUCUCUUACCUUCGUCCUUCAGACUUACUCCUUUGAUGCUGUUUGAAUCGAGGUCAAGUGAGGUGCUUCACCAGCUCCGUUGGCCAAAAUGAGUACGAUAUUUAACAGCUGCUCGCACACAGAAUGUCAUUAAAACAAACAAUCAGAGAGGGCAGAUGGGGCGAGCUGUCACAUGUGCCGUAAAUUCUACAAAAAGACAGGCGGUUGUUCUUGAAAUUCCUUUCUUCAAAGCCUGGACAUGUGCGAGAAGUAAUGAAACUGUCAAAAGACACGUCGAGGGCUCCAACCUUUCAUUUAAUGCGUACACAUUCAGUGCUGCCCUGCUAUAGCAGAUAUCAGUGAAUAAUUGACGACCCAGCACCAAAUACGGUUUCUAAUUGCCUAUAAAUGCCACAAGAUGCCAACAAAGGGGAAGUGAAUUUGCAAAACCGUGAAUAUGCGGUGGUUCACUAUAUAUAUUUUUAAAUGUAACUUUAAAGAAGCACUUUGAGAUGGUGUGUGUCUGUUUUGCACAACACACAAUCCUUCCUCCGGCUGCCUUAAACUAAUGCAAACGACGCGUGUGUGUGUGUGUGUGUGUGUGUGUGUGUGUGUUAUGUGUUACGGGUUUAUCACAUCACAUAGCAUAACAUUAUUUUUAUGAAUGUAAAAUAUGGAAGAAAGUCUGCUCAAGUUGAAUCCUCUUAUUUUAGAUCAUGCACUGUUGCCUUCCUGCUGUUUUCAGUUAACCCAUAUGUUGUAAUCGUUUCUUACCAACAAUGUUCACGGGUCAAGGUGACCCGCUCGACACGUAAUCAUCUCACAUUUAUGUAUUUUUUUUUAAUAAGAAGAAAAAAGGAACAAAGUGACCAAAACAAAUUCAGGCCAUGUCUACUGGUAUUUAUUUAUUUGUUUAAAAGUCACUCAAGGGUAAUAAUAAUGUUUUUAAAAAGUCUGUUUGCACAUAAAAAUGCAUUUGCAGCAUGCCAAAAGCAAAAGGUGGCGCCAUAACACCAUUUUGGCCAACCAAAAUCCUCAAUAAAAUUAUAUCUGGAAAAGGCAAUAAACAAGCAGCAGCAAAUCGAUAAUAAUAAAAACAUCUCCUUUGUGUUGCCUUUAAUUACUUCUGAGUAUGACACAACACUAAAAUUAAUAGAAAUAAUGGAACACAUUAUGACAUACUUUUUUUUAUGCAGUCAGUCAAAAAAAUAUACUGUAUAUAAAUCGUGUUAGUAUGGAUUGGGUCUUUUAAAGGUGUAUCACUCACAAAAUGUUUCUUGAUUUUUUUUCUUUUUCUUGAUUUUUACAUUACACGGGGGUGGUACAAUUAUUUUUGAGAAUAAUACCACAAGAAAAAAAGUCCUUGUGAGAGUAAACAACAAAUAAGGAGAAACAUGUUAGUUAAAACAUAUUUAAAACAAUUUUUAACUAUACAAAUAUGUUCAAAUACUUACAGAAAACGCAAAAAUAUUAUGAGGAAAAAAUGGUUCUCAUGAAAUAAAAAUCACGUAUUAAGUCGUAAUUAUGAAUUUCCAUCUUUAUUAUCAUAAACAUUUUUGUGACAUCACAGAAGAUGUAAUUAUGAUAUGUUUUUGGUCGUUAUUCUCAUGAAAUGACUUUUAUUUUUACAGUGGUACCUUAACUUACAAGUGAUCCGGCUUACGGGUUUUUCGAGGUACAAGCUUCCACUCCUUUU